AUGUCUAUGGCGUCAGAAGAGGUCUCGCAGGUAGAUCGCCCCUCCAGCCCCCCGCUGACCCAUGGCUCCGCGGAGGAGGGGGUGCUGCAGGCCCUGUCUGUCAUCAUGGACCCCGACCUUGGCAAGAACAUCGUGGACUGCGGCUUCGUCCACGACCUGGCCAUCGACCUGGCCAGCGGCGCGGUCAGCCUGCGCCUGAACCUCACCACGCCGGCCUGCCCUGUGAAGGACGAGUUCAAGCGGCAGGCGGAGGAGGCCGUCCGGGCGCUGGACUGGGUCACGACCGCCGAGGUGGCCAUCACCGCCUCGCCCCCAGCGCAGGUCCCGGGCCAGGGGGCCGAGGCGGCCGGGAAGCCUGGGGGCCUGCGCGGUGUGCGCCACAUCAUCGCUGUGUCGUCCUGCAAGGGAGGUGUGGGCAAAUCCACCACCGCAGUCAACCUGGCCUUCACCCUGGCCCAGAUGGGAGCGAGGGUGGGCAUUUUCGAUGCCGACGUGUAUGGCCCGAGCCUGCCCACCAUGAUCUCCCCAGAGUCCAGGGCCAUUACCCCGGUGGACUUUGAGGGGGUCAAGGCGGUCUCCUUCGGGUUUGCAGGACAGGGCAGUGCCAUCAUGAGGGGAGCCAUGGUCUCAGGGCUCAUCCAACAGCUGCUGACGACCACAGAGUGGGGCGACCUGGAUUACCUCGUCAUCGACUUCCCGCCCGGGACGGGCGACAUCCAGCUCACCCUGUGUCAGACCUGUGCGCUGUCGGCCGCUGUCAUCGUUACCACACCCCAGCGCCUGGCCUUCAUCGAUGUCGCCAAGGGCAUACGCAUGUUUGCGCGGCUCGCGGUGCCCUGCGUGGCUGUGGUGGAAAACAUGUCCUACUUCGAGGUGGACGGCGUCCGGCACCGUCCCUUUGGCCAGGGCGCAGGGGAGAAGAUUGUGGAGGAGUUUGGCCUGCCGCACAUCUUCCGCUUUCCCAUCGACCCGGGCCUCUCCUCGGCGGGGGAUGAGGGCUUGCCCCUGGUCGUCGUGGACCCCACCUGCCCCACCUCCCAAACAUAUGCCGAGCUGGGGGCUGCAGUCGUGCGCGAGGUCGCCAAGCUGGAGAGGGGCAGCCAGGCCGCCAUCUCAUACGACCCGGCAUCGGCAUCAUUCACCGUGUGGCUGCCUGGCGAGGCGGUUUUCCAUCUCGACGCGGCCGAGGUGCGGAGGAACGACACCUCCGCACGCGCGAUCGACGAGUGGAGCGGGGGAACGGGCAGCCCUGCGCCGGGCCUGGGGCCGGAGGCCGGCGUCGCCCUGGCCGUGACGACGCUGGGCAACUACGCUGCCCAGAUCAGCUGGAAGGACGGCGCAAACCAGGUGGCGGCCUACGACCUCCUCCUCCGCCUCCCCCGGCUGAGCGAUCAAGCCCUGGAGGAACGAAGACAGAGCAACAAGGCUCCUGUAGACCUGGCGAGCGUGAGGUUCAUCGAGGUUUCUAGCACCAUGGUGGGACGGGGCUUGCGUGCGCGGAGCAGCGUCAACUACUCGGACAAGGCGCCAGACGUGGGUAACACCCCGGCAUGGCUGAGGACGACCAAGUCCUUCACCUCCCCGGAAUCUGCCGGCUCGGAUAAGGAGAACGCCAAAGACCUGAAUUCGACUGUGCCAGCUGUCGUGGCCAAGACCAAGGCAGCUCGGGGGCGUCCCAGCGGGCUGAGCAAGAAAGCCCUCGCUGCAACCUCCCCCAAGGAUGGGCCCCCCUCCGAUGCUGCUGCCCGGGUAGACCUCGUCACCCAGGAUGGUGAGAACGCCCAGCCACAAACCGUGGCGCCCCCUGUCACCAAGCCGGCCAAGUCAUCCGCCAAGCGCCGGAACACUGUGGAUCCAUCUCAAGUUGACGGCCCUGACGCAAAGCAGGAUGUCAAGCGGUCACGUCCCAAGAGCGCCGGCGCGCCCCUGGCACCCGUCGAGGCAACAAAGGCCGGCCAGGACACCACAGUUUCACCCGCCGACCUUACAGUCGACGUGCCCGAGGACCCUCCAAGAGCCAUCCAGGAGCCUGCAAGGACCAAGGACCUGCGCCGGGGCGUCACGCUGCAGGCGGAGUACGACGCCCUGCAGCGGCAGUAUGAGGAGCUGAAGGAGGCCAAGAUCAACGAGGAGGUGCAGGCCCUGCUGGAGCGGCACAACCAGCAUGUGUCGGAGGUGGAGAGGGCGGCGGAGGGCCUGGUGGCCAGGUGGCAGGAUCGCGCAGAGGCCAUGCGCGCGCUGGCCGACGAGGCGCUGGCGGCCGACGCGGUCGGCGCCCUGCAGGCAGAGCUGGCCGAGGCGCAGGACCAGCUGGCGGAGGCCCGCCUCGCGCUGCUGGAGCGAGAGAAGGAGCUGGUCGCCCUGAGGGCCAGGAAUUCCUUCCUGGAAAGGUUUGCCCGCGUCCCAGAGACCUCUGACCGCUGCCUGCAGACCGAUGGCCCGUCCCAGGCCAGCGCCGGCGUGCAGGCGCCCUCUGCCCUGCUUUCUUCUGUGGAGAUGCUGGAGGCACGGGCCCUGGCGCCGGAAGGCGUGGGGGGCGGGUCGGUGUACCGCGGCGGCAAGCGCAUGCCAGGGUGGGAUGCGGGGCACGGGGCAGAUGCCAGCUACUCCCUCGCCGGCACCCUGGGACCGUGCGUGGGCGGCGAUGCCGGGUCGACGGGGGAGGCGGCGCCCCCCCAAGCGGAGGAAGAGAGGCGGGGCGUGGCCGGCAGCGGCAGCGCGUCGCACCGCCCUGGCGCGCCCACGCAGCUGCCUGCCGUGAUUCCGGUCGACAGGCGAGAAGGGGAAGGGGCGCGGCCGUCAGAUCGCACCGCCGAGGCGGGACCUUCGCAGGCAGCCCCUGCGCCUGGCACGCUGCCGCCGGCCCCGCCCCCGCUGACGGGGGCGGCGGCGCGCCGUGCCAGCGGCAUGACGGCGGAGUCGCGGCCGGGCCCGCGGGCACAAGAGGUGGGCGAGCGGGGGGUCUUCGAGGCGGCGCCAGCCCCUGGCCGGCCCACGGCCGGCAGGCGGCUCUCCCUCCCCGCGUUGAGCUUGCAGCCCGAGGUCGGGCGGCGCGGGGCCGCAGUGCGCGCAUCGAUGGGAGCCCCUGCCCGUCGUGCCCUGGAUUUUGACCCCGGGCAGGGGCGCGAGCGGGAUGGCGGCACGGCCCAUGCACUGCCGGCCUUGGCGGAGGACGGUUGUGAGGCGGGGCUGGGCGCCGAGGAUGAUGUGAUGGCGGCGGCCCGGGGCUGCCUGGAAGCCGACGAGCAGGCAACGGACAGCCUGGCCACGCCGCGCCGAGGAGGCGGCGACCCCACCAGCACGCUGUGCGGCUGGCAUGCGGAGCCGUGCCCGGGAGGGUUCCAGUACUCUGACAGACACACCGGCUUCACGUGGCGGAUGACUGCCGCCUCGCCCAUACCAGCAAGCGCACCGGGGGCUGCAUCCCUUGGAGAGGAGAAGUGGUACGUGCCGGUGGAGCUAGGAAGCCUGGCGGGGGUGCUGCCGCACCGCUUCGAGACCGAGAUGCGGGUGGACCGCUUUGCGCAGCUGCGGCUCGUGAACGACAUUCUGGCUGCCAUGGGCGGCCGCUGCCCGGCCGCUUGA